AUUUGUCAUUUUUAUAUAAUUUGAAAUUCUCAUUUCUAUAAUUAUACUGUAAAUUGAAGAUGUAAUUGCAAUUACUGCACUCUACUUCAUAAAUAUUUUUCAUGUUACAACAUGCUUUAAAUUCAUGAACUUAUGAGACAAAUCAAUAUUCUGUACUUUUAAAAAUAUUUCAUCAUUUGUCUUGAAGCCCAACCACGCUCAUUUCCACUUCUUUAUGCUACCACUUCAACAUAAAAUUAAUGUCAAUGUUUAUACGUUAUUUUCUUUUUAUAUACUUAUAAGCAUCUGCUUAUCUAACUAAUAUAAGAGUUUGAUUGUAUUAACAACACACCACAACAUACACGUACAAUAAAACCCUAACUUUGUUCUAUCAUAUCUAACUUUGUUUUAUCAUAUAAGAUAGUAUUAAAGGAGGAAUGAAUUAUUUGAAGCGGGAAGGUUGGGGUGGUCGGUUAAGGUGGGCUCCGUUUAACAAAAAUGAGGGAACUUGGGCGAGAUUUCAUAUGUGCUCCACAAAAUAGGCCAACAAUGUGAGAAUCCCGUUAUUUUAGUCAAAAAAGACCCACCAAGAUAUUUCUAUGGCGAGCUGCAAUUCUGUCCAUCGAAAGCUCGUCCUUACAAAUUGCCACUAGUAUUUAUGGUUUCAUCUUCCCCCCCUUUCCACUGUUCCAUUUCUCAGUGACCGGAGAUGGCCACCGGUCUCUCCGUCUAUGCUCCAUCCUUCAAUACCCACACUAAUUUAUCAUUCAAGUGCCAAAUGCUGCGUAGAAACGCCAACUCUGGACUCCGGCUUCCUUAUUUUCCAAAACCUUCUUUCCACAGGAAUCUUACUACUUCUUCCCUCAAGAGUCCGCUGGAAGAAUCGAAGUCUACACCCUCAUCCGAUCAGGUCCCUCCAAACAGACCCGACAACAAUUCGUCCAAGUCCUUCCUCUCUGCGUCUGUAAAUCGAUUUAGAGAUGCUGCUUUUAAGUUUGAUGAACUUGCGCUGGACAUAUUGGCGAUUGCAUUGCCUGCUGCACUGGCUUUGGCUGCUGAUCCAAUUGCAUCGCUGAUUGACACAGCUUUUGUUGGUCAUAUAGGAUCUACUGAAUUGGCGGCGAUUGGGGUAUCAGCUUCAGUAUUCAAUUUGGUGUCGAAGUUAUUCAAUGUUCCUUUACUCAAUAUCACUACUUCAUUUGUUGCUGAAGAGCAGGCAUUGAUUAAUGCCGAUGAGAAAAAUAUUGUUCAAACAGAUAUUGAUGCCAUUGAAGAGACACGAGAAAAGAAGCUUCUUUCCUCUGUAUCCACUUCUUUAGCACUUGCUACUGGUCUUGGAAUUGCUGAAGCUGUUAUGCUGUCUCUUGGUUCAGGGACUCUAAUGGAUAUCAUGGGUAUACCUGUUGAUUCAUCAAUGCGUGCACCUGCGGAGCAAUUUUUGUCUCUGAGAGCAUUUGGUGCUCCACCUAUUGUAAUUGCACUUGCUGCACAGGGCACUUUUCGUGGAUUUAAGGAUACAAAAACACCAUUAUAUGCUACUGCUGCUGGUAAUUUACUCAAUGCAGUACUGGAUCCAUUGUUGAUAUUCUUUUGUGGUUUUGGCAUUGGAGGUGCUGCAAUUGCUACUGUGAUAUCUGAGUAUCUGAUUGCUUUUGUUCUUCUGUGGAGAUUAAACGGAGAAAUAUCUUUUACUCUUUCAAGCAUUGAUGGGGGUAGAAUUGCGCGCUAUCUCCAAUCUGGUGGUCUCUUGAUGGCCCGGACAUUGGCUGUCCUUGUAACCCUGACUCUAGCCACAUCCAUGGCGGCUAGAGAGGGUCCUGUACCCAUGGCCGGUUAUCAAAUUUGUGUACAAAUAUGGAUGGCUAUAUCUUUGCUUACUGAUGCUUUAGCGUUGGCUGGUCAGGCCUUAUUGGCAGGCAGCUUCACCUUACAAGACUAUGAACAUUCGCGUCAAGUGAUUUAUAGAACUUUGCAGAUUGGUUUGAUCUCAGGAAUUUCUUUGGCGAUUAUCUUAUUCCUGGGAUUUGGCGCAUUUUCUGGUUUAUUCAGUGCCGAUGCAGAAGUCCUAGAAACUGCACGAUCUGGGUUGUUGUCAUAUUUUUGUAGUUUGUUGCUGGAUCGCAACCAGUAAAUGCACUGGCCUUCGUUGUAGAUGGGCUCUACUAUGGAGUUUCGGACUUCGGAUAUGCAGCAUACUCCAUGGUGCUUGUUGGAUUGGUUUCUUCUAUUUACCUGCUCGUGGUCACUCCCACAUUCGGUCUCCCUGGGGUUUGGAGUGGAUUGUUUCUGUUCAUGAUGUUGCGUUUAGUAGCUGGAGUCUGGAGAUUAGGCACGAAGAGUGGGCCAUGGGAGUUGGUUUUCAAUGAGGUCGACGGAAAAAGUGACUGACUAAAAGGCUUCUUGAACUUCGUAAAGCUCAUCACUUAAAGGGGUUGAAUACCACGAGGAUUUGGAUAUGUUCCCUAGCUUUUUGAAAGCUCCACCAACUCUGACUCUUUACUGAUAUGACAGCUUUUAAUCUGUUAACCAGAGCUCCCCUCAUCAAUGCAACAGUUCCCGAUCAUGUCAGACAGUUCGCCGCAAUAUCCACCGAAUGAGGUUUUCUUCUUAGUCUCAAUCAUUAAAAUUAACAUGGAGAGGGUAAUUGUUUUAUUAUUCGUUAAUUAUGUACUUGAAGGAACGAAUUCAAAGUUGUAAAUGUAAUCAAGAAACAAAUGAACAUUGAUACUUCAUUCUAAUAUCUCAUGUUAUUGAAGGUGCACAAAAGAACAGGGGUCUACAAAAAGGAGAAGAAAAUGAAACUAGUAUGUACGCUCAAAAGAGAAUAUAAUUGUAACCAAAAAAAAAAAAAAAACUACCCUGCCUAAACUUUCAAUCUUCAUCCAUGGAAGCAUAAAUCAAGCCACUUUCGUUCCUCCUCCAACCCAAAAUCAUAAUCAGGUCUCAAAAACUCAAAGUUGUUGCAAUCAUCAACUCUCUGGUCACCAACUCCCAUGUGUUUUUGCCGAUCCAGCAACAAACCCAGAUCACGGUUGAAGGCCAUACAGUCUCCGUAGCUCUCAAUCUCCAUUGGCUUUGCUUCCAUCACCGUCGCAGACCCGAGAUCGCCGAUCUCCCACCCGGCUGGAAUCCAGUACUCCAUUAAAGAACGAAGAAGAAGAGGAGGAAGAAGCAACAGGAGAUAUCGUAUCAGAAUGCUCUGACGUUAAUGGUUUCAUAAGAGGAGAAGAAGAAUCAGGAAAAUUAAGACGAGCGAACGGGCCAUACAUGGCUUUGGCAGCUUCAUCAUAAGCAUGAGCUGCCUGGUGAGCAGUGGAGAAAGUGCCAAGCCAUAAACGAGUGCCUUUCUUCUUCAAACGGGUAUUAUUAUUACUUGCAAUUGGCUCUCUAAUUUCAGCUACCCAUUUUCCCCAUGUCCUCUGUCUAACACCUCUAAAAUUGCAAUCUGAAUUCUGAGGUCCUCCUUUCCCUCUCAUGCAACCUUUCUUGGAGCCCUUAGCUGGAACUUUACGAGUUUCCUCUACUCCUCCAUCUUUAGCCAAAUCCUCCAAUUGAUUAUUCAACUUCUUCCACUUGUUUAGAGUGUCCACUACUGAAACAUACCCAUUUCGCCUCUUUCUUGAUGUUUUUCCUCUAAAAUCAAACAACAUAAGAGAACUUAUAAGAACAAAUCAUUGAAAAAAAACCAGAUGGAGAAAAUCAGAAAUAGAAAAUCAAAAGUUUGGACGGAGAAGAAAGGAAAAAAAACUAACCCACUAGAAUUCUCAGACGUCAUGCGCUUUCUUCAAACUCCUCUCACUGAUUGAAACGAAGAAAAACAAUGGUUUUGCCUUUGGUUUGGGAGUUUUGUUUUUUGGGUAAAUAAGAGUUUUAGAAGAGAAGAUAAGCAAAAGGGGAAUGGAGAUUAAAGAGAAGGGGUUUUAUAGGCAUCUAUAUCUAUGAUGAAGAAGGAAGCGAAAAAGGCAAUAUGAAGGUUUGGGAAAAUAUCCAAAAGAUUGAUGACGUGAAGAGUGUUGAGGGAGUGGUGGGGAAUUCAGGCCAUCUUGAGAGUCACAUCCAAGGAGAUCGUACGUGGUGUUUUGUGUUUCUUUCGUUUUCUUUCUUAGCCACGAAGUUUCUUUUGUUUUUUUUUCUUUUUUACCUUAAAUUACAUAUUUGGUCA